UGGCGGCGAGAGCACAGCGUGCAGCUUUGGUGUAGCAAUAUGACUGAAACCCAGGAAGUGUACUGUGCAGCAUGCUUCACUCUGCUGCCUCAGUCACGUUGUGGUAAUGGAAGAUCAGGAGAUUGAAGCUCCUUACGAGGACCCGGGUGCUGCUCCAUAUGGGAACUUCCCUAAUUAUUAUAGUUUUAAUCCGCCGGAGAACCGUAUUAGCCUCCUACCUCCAGGGAAGCUUCGUAGCCUGCUCCACAGAUCAUGUGAAGCCCCAAUCAUGUGUCUGGACGUUGGGUGUAACUCAGGAGACCUGAGUGUAGCGUUUUAUAACCACCUCCUUCAGCCAUUGGAGCCAACAGAUGUUCCUGUGGACGUACACUUUCUGGGCUGUGAUAUUGAUGCUAAUCUAAUUGCAAAAGCUCAAGCUUCCAACCCCUUCCCAAAAUCCAUUUCAUAUGUUACUCUAGAUAUCAUGGAUUCCUCUGAGCCGGAGGAUCCCAUACAGCAUUUCCUUAAUGGAUUCAACCGUUCCACCUUUGAUCUAGGAUUUUGCAUGUCAAUAACAAUGUGGAUCCAUUUAAAUCAUGGUGACCAGGGCCUGAUAGACUUUCUGGGCAAGCUAACAAACCUUUGUGACUAUUUAUUAAUUGAACCUCAACCAUGGAAAUGCUACCGUAAUGCUGCUCGGCGCUUACGCAAACUUGGGAGGCAGGACUUUGACCAUUUUCACUCACUCUCAAUCCGUGGGGACAUGGCAAAAAGAAUUACUGGUAUACUUAAAAAAGGUGGCAGAGCUGAUCUUAUUCAACGCUUUGGUAAAACUAGCUGGGACAGGAGCCUUCUUCUGUACAGAAGUAACAGACCCACAAAAUGACUUCUUGUAACUAUUCUCAAGUCUCUGUUAGAGGUGAUCACAAUCAAGAGCUUUUAAAUUAGUUUGAUGGCACAUGUGUAGUGUUAGAAUAUAUGAAUGUUUACAAUAGAUUGGUUAUAGGAUUGCAUGGGGAGAGGAAAACCAAGCAACCCUACUCCUAUGUACAAUUGGAAACCUUCGUAUGUAUAGUGUAAAAGUGUACCGCAAGUGAACUCAGUGUUAACUGUGU